AUGAUGGAGAAGUGGUCAAAUGGUGAAAUAGGUACCAUUGCAUUAAUCACCAUCAAGGAUGGUGACAUUGGGCCGCCCCGCACAGACCUAGCUGACCCAGAUUACAAGACUAAGGGCAGACUCGAUGUUCUCCUUGGCGCGGAUAUAUACGGGGAUAUUCUAUUGGACGGAAUUAUUCACAGAACCCCAACAGGACAAAAUAUGAAGAUCGGAUGGAUUAUCUCUGGUCCGAUAACAGCUUCACCAGGAGACAAUAUUAGCAUCAGUUUUGUAAAUACAAACGAUUUGGACAAAAGACUAAAGCAAUUUUGGAUACAGGAAGAGGUAGAAUCCCAGGGGAUGCUUAGUAAGGAAGAGGAAGAAUAUGAAGCUCACUAUCAAGCAACCACCAAACGAUUGGAAGACGGACGAUUCGAAGUGCAGUUCCCAUUCAAGGCUGACCCAAGGACAGACCUGGCACCAUCGAGUAAGUCUGCAAUUCUGAAAUACGAAGGUCACGAGAAGAGGAUGCGAAGUAAUCCACAACUGCUUCGAGAAUACAACGAAUGUCUGCAAGAUUAUCUGGACUGUGGACACAUGGAGGAAGUGCCAAAGGAUGAAAUUCGUUAA